GAAUUUAAUAAAAAAAAUGACAUAAAAGUUAAAAAAAAACAAAAUGGCCGAAUUUUUCCGCGUCAACGAGACGACCAGUCAAUUCUUCCAGCGAUGCACGAACCUAUCGCACUUCGACUGCUCGGAGGAGGAGAUGCUUUGGCUGAUGAUGGGGCCCAGGACCUUACCUCUUCAGAAGAUAGUGCCCAUAUCUGUGUUACUACUGGUGAUAUUCCUGACUGGCGUGGUGGGGAAUGUGGCAGUCUGCGUGGUGAUAGUGAAACACCCGGCCAUGCAUACUGCGACCAAUUAUUACUUGUUCAGUUUGGCGUUGAGUGAUCUGCUGUUACUGCUUUUUGGUCUGCCAAACGACCUGUCAGUAUCGUGGCACCAGUACCCAUACAGUCUCGGCAUCGUCUUCUGCAAGCUACGAGCACUUAUCUCCGAAGCAGCAUCGUACGUGUCAGUGCUGACGAUAGUGGCUUUCUCCCUGGAGCGCUACUUAGCCAUCUGCCACCCUCUCCACUUGUAUGCCAUGGCUGGUCUCCGGCGCGCACUGAGGAUCGUGGCUGCACUGUGGCUGGUCUCCUUGCUGGCAGCCUCUCCCUUCGCGCUCUAUACUACCGUCAGCUAUCAUGAUUAUCCACCAGGUUCUGGCAACGCGUCCCUGGAGUCAGCUUUUUGCGCGAUGCUGGAGAUGCCGUCCUGGUACCUCUGCGAGCUGAGCAGCCUGCUGUUCUUCAUCCUGCCAGGAGUCAUCAUCCUGUGCCUCUACGUGCGCAUGGGGCUCAGAAUUAGGUACGUUAUGGGAACAACGCACGCGAGUAAGCCCGGGAGCCCUGGUACUCUCAACGGCGUGAAUGGCAGCGUGCACGGGGAGGCGCGGCAGGCGCAGUCUAAGAAGACAAUCAUCAGGAUGUUGGCGGCGGUAGUGGUAGCAUUCUUCGUAUGCUGGGCACCAUUCCACUUCCAGCGUCUAUUCUACAUCUACGGCGCGUCAAGCCGUCACUACCACACCAUCAAUGAGUACCUGUUCUACGUGGCUGGUGCCUUCUACUAUAUAUCGGCGACUGUCAACCCGAUACUGUAUAAUGUUAUGAGUCAUAGGUACCGCAUAGCCUUCACGGAAACCCUCUGCUGCGGCAAAGUCGGCAGAAAGAAGAGUAGGUGUCGAGAACACUCCAGCAUUCGAGAGACCAUGGUCAACCAUACCUCUGACGGCACUCACCUCGUCAGGGUCCGCUCCGAGAUCCAGGACAAGAGGAACCGCCUCGACAGGAGAAGCAGAAGGUGCAGCUACUAUGGAACCGAGACCACCAGCCUCUGCAGCGAGAAGUGGAGACAGGAUACUCCUAAGAAGAUGAACAGCAUACUGAUAAAUGACAGGAACAGUGUGACGUCGUCUCUAUGUAAUAAUAAUGAUAGUCAUUUGUACAGUGACUUUAAAAUGGAUGGUGAUGUCACUUAAGUUUUAAAUAAUGUAAGUAUGUGCGUAAGGUCUAAGUUUCUAAGCCACUGGAUUAACUUUUGUAUGAUGUAAGUACCAGUGAAUAUAUUGUGAUAAAUAUUUAGGUGUAUACGUAAUUUAUUUUAGGUUUAUAAGUUAAGAUACGCUUGAUUUUUUAUGGUUACACGCGAAAAGUUCUAUGUGUAAAUCC